AUGGCGUCGCAAACAACCUUCCCUCAACCCCCCUAUCCUCUUCACGACUCUGUGAAAGAUCUCCUUGACCUGGAGUACGUUAAAUUCUACGACGAGUACCUUCUCAACGCGCCGCAGGUGCACUAUCAGCCAGUUUCUGCCUCUCGUGUUGGAGGUCGGCUAAUUCCGGUAAUACCUUUACACUACAAUCACUCUCUCCUAUUCACCCUGCAGAUUUCUAACGAGCAACAGGGCGGAACUGAUCCAGUGCCUGUAGGGGCCACAACCGAUGUUCAGCUUCCCCGCGAGGAAUCUGCAGGACCUACAGUUCCUGUGAGGGCCUUUGUCCCCCCGGGCACACCACCCCCUUCAGGAUGGCCAGUCUUCCUAUGGUACCAUGGAGGCGGCUGGGUAUUAGGAAACAUCGACUCCGAAAACAGUCUCUGCACCAAUCUGUGUGUCAGCGCAAAGUGCGUGGUCAUUACUACAGACUAUCGUCUGGCACCGGAGAACCCGUUCCCUGCUGCAGUCCAUGAUGCUUGGGAGACCGUACUUUGGGUUGUCAAAGGUGCCGCGGCUCCCGCCUUGAACACGACUCUUGACCUUUCCAAGUUCUCCAUUGGCGGCUCGAGCGCUGGUGGUAAUCUUGCCGCCGUUAUGACACAAAGGGCGCUCGUGCACGAAGCGUUUGUUGGCCAGCCGGGAUUCAAAUACCAGAUCUUAGUAGUCCCCGUGACGGACAAUGCUGCGUCUACUGAAUCAAGUGCCACAUACAAAUCGUACGAACACACGGCGGCUCUACCGGCUGAUAAGAUGAUGUGGUACCGACGUCACUAUCUGCCGAAUGAGACAGACUGGUUGUCACCCGAAGCAUCGCCUCUGUACGCCACUGUUGAGACAUUCUCCAAAUUGCCCCCUGCACUGGUCGCUGUCGCCGGCUUGGAUGUGCUCCGGUGGGAAGGGGAGGAAUAUGCGCGAAAGAUGAAGGAAUCUGGCACAAAAGCCGAAGUAGUAGUGAUUGAAGGAGUUCCACAUCCAUUUAUUGUCAUGGAUGCAGUGCUACAAAAGGGCAGAGAUGGUGUGAAGUUGGUUUGUGAGAAGCUUGCGGAAGCUCUCAAGUAG